UAAAUGGGCUCAUCACUAGGAGCAUGAGGAUGGGAAGAGGAGCAAGGAAAGGCCAGCCUGAGAGUGUGUGUGUGUGUGUGUGUGUGUGUGUGUGUGUGUGUGUGUUUGUGUUUGCCUGGGAGUGACCUCACAGCCGCGGAACAUAAAGACUUACAAGUCCUGCCUCCUGGUCUCAUAGCUGGCUCCGUGGGGGACGCAGUGACAUGAGAGGCACACUACAGACCCACCUCCUGGCCUUCUCCCUCCUCUGCCUCUUCUCAAAGGUGUGUGCCCAGCUGUGCCCCACACCGUGUGCCUGUCCCUGGCCACCACCCCGGUGCCCCCCUGGGGUGCCCCUGGUGCUGGACGGCUGCAACUGCUGCCGGGUGUGUGCGCGGCGGCUGGGGGAGCCCUGCGACCAUCGGCACGUCUGUGACUCCAGCCAGGGCCUGGUCUGCCAGCCGGACCCCGGGGGCCGGGGGACCGUGUGCCUCUGGGGUGAGGAUGACGGGAGCUGUGAGGUGAACGGCCGCCUGUACCGGGAUGGGGAGACUUUCCAGCCCCACUGCAGGGUUCGCUGCCAGUGCGAGGACGGUGGCUUCACCUGUGUGCCGCUGUGCAGCGAGGAAGUCCGGCUGCCCAGCUGGGACUGCCCCCACCCCAGGAGGGUGGAGCUACCCGGCCAGUGCUGCCCCCAGUGGGUGUGCGACCAGGGAGGGGGGCUGGGGGUCCAGCCCCUCCCAGCCCAAGGACCCCAGUUUUCUGGCCUUGUCGGCCCCCCACCCCCUGGCGUUCCCUGCCCAGAAUGGAGCACGGCCUGGGGCCCCUGCUCCACCACCUGUGGGCUGGGCGUGGCCACCCGGGUGUCCAACCAGAACCGCUUCUGCCGACUGGAGACCCAGCGCCGCCUGUGCCUGCCUGGGCCCUGCCCGCCCGCCAGGGGCCGCAGCCCGCGGGACAGUGCCUUUUAGAGCCAGGCUGAGAACGGAGACUCAGUGCCCACUCUUCCCAGCAGGCAACCUGGGCUGCAGGCAACAGCUCGGGUCCACGGUCGGGCCCUGGAGAACGUUCACAAGCCUCCUGGUCUGUCUGGACCCUGAGAUACAGCGGGGAUGUGUGUGCUAGUCCCCCUUCCUCUAACUCACAGGCUUGGAGGCUGGCCAGGUUUCUAGUCUCUUCUAGUCCAUUCCCACCUAUGCACAGCCUUUAUCAAACAUGCGCAUGGGCUAGCUUUCCAGGAGAUGGGGCAACCAUCUCUCCCUUAAUCAUUAAGCUGAGCUAGGUGCUGGGCUGGACUUGCUUUUUUCUGGGGUAUGAUGAAGAGGGGCACAAAGAUUCUGAAUCUCCUACUUCCUUUCCUGGGGUGCCAUAAAAACAUCCCCGAACACGGGCCUAUGCAUGAACUUACGUGUCACGCUUGCGCAGUCUGAGAAAGCCCCCC